AAGAAUCGGAGUUUUUUUUCAUGCCUUUCUUUAAUAGAGACGGGACACCUAAAAAGGAUUUAACAUUAAACUUAAGUUUAAAUCCCAAAUAAGCACGUACGCUGCUGGGGAUUUACAUAAUGCAAAACGAAAGUUAAACGCAGUUUAGGCUAAGUGGAAUAUUUUGACUCUUUGACAUUCUAUUUUUAAGUGCAAAUUUGUAGUCUAUCAUUUAAAUUUUAAUCAUUAAAUUCAUAGGGUAACGCAUAAUAUAGUCGUAAAACUUCGGAAAGGCAUUGAUUUUAUUGGGGCACCAGCAUGCGAGACUGAGUGCGGCGGGAUGGCAUCGGCUGUUUUUGAAGGCACGUCGCUGGUGAACAUGUUCGUGAAGGACUGCUGGGUUAACGGCAUCCGGCGCCUGGUCGUCAGCCAGCGGGGCGAGGAGGACUUCUUCGAGAUCAGGACGGAGUGGUCGGACAGGAGCGUCUUCUAUCUGCACCGCAGUUACUCGGACUUGGGGCGGCUCUUUAAGAGGCUCGUGGAAUCCUUCCCGGAGGACAGAGGGGAUCUGUCUCAAUCUCCGCUCAUAGACGGGCUUGUGAAGAUUAAAGAGGCUGGUGACAUUGAAGCCAGGCUAAAUGAGGUGGAGAGACUGCUGAAGACCACCAUCCAUAUGCCCUGCAAGUAUUCCAGGUCUGAGGUGGUGCUUACGUUCUUUGAGAGAUCUCCGUUAGACCAGGUGUUGAGGAACGACAAUGUCUACAAGAUCCAGCCGUGUUUUCAGAGCCCAGUCAAAAUAUCCGAGAUCAUGAGAUCCAAUGGAUUCUGCCUGGCAAACACUGAGAGCAUUGUGUUCGAUCAGAGUCAGCCUCAUGACGAAGACCACCCUCAUGACGAAGACCAGCCUCAUUACGAAGACCGCCCCCCCUCCACAGACCCAGCACAGCAUCUGUUUGAGAACAGCGAUGAUUUCCUGACAGUGGAGCCCGAUGAUAUUCAUGACAACCCUGAGGUCUACGUCACAAACCUGACCUACUACCACCUGGUGCCCUUUGAGACCGACAUCCUGGAGUGAUGCAAGGUUCCUCCAGCUCACUCUGUCCACCCCUGGCUUGGCUGAACAGUCAGCGGCCCCUACAAAACCCCGCAUCUGGUCUCCUGUGCUUCAGGACGAUUAGGGUGACCCUGUGGUAGGACCCUGGGCUGGGUUCUGGGGUCAAUGGGGGCUAACACAGCACAUCUGGCCGACCUGGUUCUUGGGGGAUUUUCUGGAGAAUCAAGCUUUAUUUAGUUGUGAUAUUUAGAUUAAUACCAGCAUACAGUAUCCAUGUUGUUGAACCAGUUGUAGCUGAGGACAGCUUCAGGAUUAAACCACUUCUGCUGGUUUGGGAUGAGCGUGACCUCAGAUGAGCUUGAGCCACAGGGAGAAAUUGCUCCCAGAAACAAUAGCCAAAGUUUCCUCAAGACUUUCCAGUUGCACGAGUUCCUCCUCUCAGGAACGGAAAUCUUCACCACCCAUCAGCUGAUGUUUCCUGCUGACGCCUGAUGGGACAAUCAGAAGCUAUGACCUGAUUUGUGAUCUGUGAAUUCUACCUGUUAUCAGGAGUUGUGCUCAUUUCUCUGUGUAUUUGUGUUGCCAAAAUGGUUCUUGUGGUGUUAACAUGAGUGAAGCACAUUAUAUUGGAUGAAAGGGCUUGACUUACAAUCUGUGAAUGUAAACAUAUUUCUGUAGGAUCAAUUCAGUUCUUACUAAUGACUGAUUAACAGAGUCCAGUAGGUCAGGUGUUCGGUGUGACCCAGCAAUAGCAGAGGCUUGUUCAGCUGGCUGGCCUGACUUGAUGCCUCAGUGGCGCCACCAGCUGUCUGCUGAGCAGCAUUUGCAUUUUGUCUCCAUCUUUGAUAGCUGGCACAGAGCCUUAGCACUGAAGUCUGCAGAAGCUAAUCCAUGUCAGAUGGUCUUUUCCAAAAUAUGAACUUUGCUCUGCUUUGCUAUAUAAACUACAAUGGGAACAUUUUAGUGUCAAUAAGGGUAUAAUAGAAAUGAACAGGAAUUAAAAAUUGUUUUGUGAAUUACACCUUCAGAUUGUGGAUAUAUAUUCUAUUCACUCUGUCUUACUAAAAGGACACAAACUUAGCAGACAAUUCAGUUUUUCCUGAGUUAGUUAGAAGUUGUUUCAGUAUUAGAGUCAUACGCCACAUAAUGACCGUGGUCUCAUAAGAUUAUACUGUAACGGAGCAGCAAAGUGCCUGUUGCUUACUGAUUUGUGAUAAUGCAGGUGUUAACAAACCUACUGCCCUGCCAUUUGUAUAAAAGUAUGGCGCAUAUAAUUAUGUACAGUACAUAAAACUUGAUAAACAAUUAUGUUAUUAGUUUUAAAAGUUUAUUGUAGCCUAGGUGUGUAGUUAGCUAUACCAUCUAGGUUUAUGUAAGUACACUCUAUGAUGCACAAUUAUGAAAUUGCCUAACGAUGCAUUUCUCAGACCAUAGCCCAGUCGUUAAGAGGCGCAUGCCUGUAUUUUCCUGGGUCUAAAACAAUGACUGUACCUCCUUCAGUUCAUCAUGUUAUCUGCUUUGGAUUUGUAGUUAAGUUAAGUGGCUGUCACAGGCUCCAUUUGACUCUGUAGAUCAGGGGUACCCAAUCUUAUCCGCAAAGGGCUGGUGUCUAUGCGGGUUUUCGUUGCAACUCCCUGAUUGGAUUACUAAUUAGAGGACUGAUUGGCUGAAAGAAUCCUCACACCUGGGUUUGUCGAACAGCUGACCUACAAGUUAUCCCAAAAACCUGCAUACACACCGGCCCUUUGUGGAUAAGAUUGGGUACCCCUGCUGUAGAUGGUGGUUGUCACAGGUUCCAUUUUGGCUCUGUAGAUGGUUACGUGGCCAUCACAAUCUCAAUUUUGGCUCUAUAGAUGGUUAAGUGGCUGUCACAGGCUCCAUUUUGGCUCUGUAGAUGGUUCAGUGGCUGUCACAGGCUCCAUUUAACCCUGUAAUUGGUUAAGUGGCUGUCACAGGCUCCAUUUUGGCUCUGUAGAUGGUUCAGUGGCUGUCACAGGCUCCAUUUAACUCUGUAGAUGGUUAAGUGGCCAUCACAAGCUCAGUUUUGGCUCUGCAGAUGGGUUGGCAAUCAGAAACUCCAUAUUGGCUCUGUUUGUCUGCAAGUCAUGCUAAAGUUCAGUGCAAGAAACUAACGGUUAAAGUGUUGGGACAUUUUAAACUGUGUUUUAUAUUGAUGUUGAAACAAUUUGAAGGAUGCAUUUUAUUCAGCACCUGCACAGGUUUAUUGUAUAAACCACACAGACCAAGCAAAAAAUUCUCUCCAUCAGUCACUGUAAUAAUGUAUUACAACAAAUCACACAGCACUGUGUGUGUGUGUGUGUGUGUGUUGAAUGUUGAACAUUAUACCACUUUUGAGAAUGCUUGAUAAUCUCUCAUAGAUUUUAAAAAAUAAAGACAGUGUUAUUUUUGUAAAUGUCUAAUAAAACCAACUUCUGUUAACAA